GCGUCUGAUCUCCAGACAACUCCCAUAACUCUUUCCAACAUGAAAUCGUUUGUCGAUGAUCUUAAGAAGGAAGUCCAAUGUCCUUUGUGUAACGAUACGCUUACAGAACCCAAGAUCUUGCCAUGUUUUCACAUAUUUUGUAAGUCUUGCAUAAAAAAACAUGCCAAACUGAUCGAAGAAGUCAACAUCUUCAAGUGUCCAAAAUGUAAAUCAGAAACGCCUCUGCAAGAAACAAGCUGUAUCGAAGAUCUACAGCCAUGUCUAGUAUAUGAAAGAAUCGUGAAGGGUCUGGCGUUAGUAAAAGGAAAAAAGGUUUGCUCCGUUUCUAAGAGUCAUUCUUCAGCUUCUUGGUAUUGUUUUGAUUGCGAUCGCUCGAUGUGUGUAGAAUGCGAGAAAAACCAUUCAUUAUUUAUCAAAGAUCACAAGGUCGUACGUCUGGCUGAUUUGAAGAAAGAAGAUCUUGAGUUCAUAAUAACAAGAGAAAAUCCUUGUAAAACUCACUCACCUCACAGGCUAGAGUUGUUCUGUGAAGACUGUGAAGACAUGAUUUGUGUGACAUGCUGGAAAGACGAUCACAAGGAUCAUAAGACAAUGUCUUUAGAUAAGUUUGCUUCAAUCAAGAAAGAUGUAUUGUCAAAGCAUCUGCAGGUACUAGAGCAUUUGAGAUUAGAUGACAAGGAGAAGCAACAACAAGAAAAGAUUGCUACCACAAUCAAACAACAAGGAGAAAAAGCAAAAACAGAAGUCAAAGAAAAAACCGAGAAGAUCAUUGAAAUUCUACGAGAAAGUGAACGAGAAUUGCUGAGACAAAUCGACGAGAAGUUGGACACAGCCACAACAAACUUGAAUGUAAUUCAUCAUAUUCCAGCCGUCAAGGAACACAUCAAGAAUGUGAUGGAAAGAGGACUGGCAAGUGAAAUGAUGAACAUUCAAGAGACACAAUGCUCGGAGAAAUUCAUCUUCAACCACAUUCCACUGUCCUAUCGAGUUGAGUUCAUUCCUAAUGAGCAGCUUGUGCAAGAAGUGAAUUCAGGGCUGGGAGAAUUACUUACUUGUUUGAAAACGGACUAUAGGAAGAGCACUGUUGAGAUGAAAUCUGAGAUAGAAGCUUUAAAGAAAGGAAAGCUGGUAUGCAUAACUAAAACCUCGACAGGAGAACGCAAUCAUGAUCCAAGGGAUGUUAUAGACGUUCAAAUCAAGCCUGAAGAAAAUGUGAAAAUAGAAAAGAAUUAUUUGACAACUAAUGGUAAAGUAGAAGUUGAAUUCAUGGCUAAAGUAGCUGGUCGUUUGACAGCAGAGGUUCAAGUGAAUGGGAAUCCUGUAUCUAACAGUCCACUAGUAUUUAAUGUCAAGCCACAAGAGAUGAGAACAACAGGACAGUUUAACACGAAAGGUGUAAAUAUAGAAUCUAGUAAUUUGACAGGUAUAGUAUUUAACAGAGAUAAUAGUAGGAUCGCUGUUGCCAAUAGGUCUUCUGACUGUGUUCAUGUAUUCACCACUGAUGGAAGUCUCUUACUGACGUAUAGUAGUCAAGGUAGUGCACAGGCACGACUGUCUCGUCCUGUAGGUUUAGCAUUUCUGAACGAUACAGAUUUAGUCAUAGCAGACUCUUGGAACCAUAGAUUAUGUAUAGUAAACACUACGACAGGGACAUUGGUAAAGACCUUUGGUAACCAAGGUAACGGGGAUGGAGAGUUUCGUAAACCAUGGGGAGUACACGUUGAUGACGAUGGUAACAUCAUUGCGUGUGAUACUGAUAAUCAUCGUGUUCAAGUCUUCACAAGAGACGGUGACUAUCAAUAUCAGUUUGGUUUGACAACACAGGACAAGUUUACUCCAUCUGAUGUGAUAACACAUGAUGGACUGUUUUACGUCAGUGAUUAUAACAAUCACGUUAUUCAUGUAUUGGAGAAGAAAAAUAAAGUACCGACUAGAAUAUCAACGAUUGGUGGUAAAGGCAGUGCUGAUGGUCAGUUGAAUAGACCAAUGGGCCUGGCUAUUGAUAAUGACCAUCAUCUACUGGUGUGUGAUAAUGGUAAUAACCGCGUACAAAAAUUCACAUUGGAUGGUCGUUUUGUUGGAAGGACUUGUGAUGUAAUCAACAACCCUAAAUAUAUAACUGUCUUAAAAGAUGGUCAGUUAUUAGUUAGUACGGGGGAUUCCGGUGUGCUGUGUGUUAAGUAGAACUUGCUAUUAUUAAUGUAUAUAUAUAUAGCACUCAUUAUACUUAUAACAUUAUUGAUCAAUAAGUUGUAUCUUAAGGCGCGAUUACACGGACCAAUUUUCUCUGCUACUUUUCUCUCACAACAGCUUUGCGACACAAGUUGCACGAGUGUUUACAUGUUGCAACGGAGAAGCAAACCAAAAGUAUGGAAACGAAUUCCAGUUUUUGCAACGAUUGCUGCAACUUGUCUCACGACAUUUUUUUUCAAAUUGCGCUGUAUGUUAUAUGCUGCACUGCUUCAUGCAAUUUGUGUCGCAACGCCGUUCCUUUUGUUGUUGUGUCACAACAUCAGACAAUCCGAUAUCAUAAAUACUAUCAAAUUAUCUUUCAAAGUUUGUACAUAUUUUAUGAGUCUUUUAAGAGCACUUAUCACUUACGAUUUAGCCCUUCUUUGGUCAGGUUAAUGAGAUUAUACUAGAGUGCAUACCAUAUAUCCGUGAAAAACUUAACUAACAAAAUUGUACAAAUUAGUGUAAAGUUUUGUAGGUCUACUGAAGUCUACUGAGGUGUACUGGACUUACUAAUUCGUGCAAAUUUGUUCAAUUUCUUACGAAGUCUUUUUACGGAUAUAUGGUCUGCACUAUACCAUAUGGUAUUUACUAUAAACUUGUUAUACCCAUAAUGCAUUAUGGUUAUGGUAGGUCUCGCGUUCUGUUGCUAUGACAACCUAAAAACCCUUAAAAUAUGAAAGUAAUUGAAUAUAUUACAAGGCUAGCUUCGAUCUGACAAGCAAUGACGAAAAAGAAGU